GGAAAGAAGCUCCUCGUCACCUGACUUUGGUGGCAGCUACUUGGUACAGCCUUAUGCGCCAGGCUGUGGUUGUUUCGCAAACAACUGCAACUCAACAUUUAACGGUCUCUCUGUUUGAUUGCUUUUCUUUUGCAUGGUUCAUAUGUCAUUAUGUCUAAUCCUUCCCAUGCUACUCCUGCACGGAAUGGGCUUUCUCUCUAUGCCAACUUGUUAGAUCCAUCAUCGAGUGACACGCCCGGUUCCAUUACAAAAGGACCUGUUGUUUUCAAUCCAGUGGAAGACGAAGCUUCUAAGAAACCUCAAAUUGAUGCUGCGGCCCUUAGAUUUCAACCCACGAGAAGACCACAGCUUUCUCAAAAGCCAAAAGCGAAACCAUCAUUCCCAAAAGCUGCCAUUGCCAGUCUAAAUGCUACCGAACCGAGCAACGUAACCGUUGCGAAAUCUACCCUAUCGAAUACUGCCAAACCAGCUUCUAAGAGCACCCUGGCCGACUGGGCCGCUGACGACGAUGACGUGAAUGGGUUCUAUGUUGGAGAAAAAAGACAAAGAGGUGGUAGGAAACGAAGAAAGAAGAAUAGGGAAGAGCAAGCCGUGGCGCAAGACUGGGACGAUAUUUACGACCCUUCACGGCCAAAUAACUAUGAAGAGUAUAAACAUAGUGAUGAGAAGGUUCGAGAGGUACGAGAAUGGAAGGAUAGGCUUUAUGCUCACAGAAUGGCGCGGAAGACAUCAAGUGAUAGUGAUGACGAGGAAUCAUAUCGUCCAAAGAUUGGUAACCAAUUUGCUCCGCCUCCGAAUUAUUCAUUUGCUCCUCCCCCAAUUGAUUCUCCUCCCAAGAAUCAUUCCAAGUCCCCACAAAGUGACUCUUAUAGUCCUACUCUUGCGGCAGAAUCUAACCCACCUCCUCCACCACCCGAAGAUCAGCCAUUACCUCCACCAGUACCAUCAUUAGCAGGGGCUAUUUCCAGAGCACCAGUGCGAUAUAAUUUACCGCCGGCGCCAAGUGAUCUUCCAGCUUCGGAAGCAGAACUAGAUAAAGCUUUUGCCGACGAAGUAGACGGCGAAGACGAGGAAGAAGCUGACGAAAAUGCACCAAAAUCACUUCGUCCAGGCCAAAAAGGGUUUGCAGAGCGUCUAAUGUCUAAAUAUGGCUGGAGCAAAGGUUCAGGACUGGGGGCCGAUGGCUCUGGUAUGAUUACACCUCUUCAGGUCAAACUUGACAAACGUAAAAAGAAGUCCGAUGCAGAAGGCGGUGGAUUUCGCGAUGCGGGGGGCAGAGGAAAGAUCAUUGGUGGUAAGAAGGUUGUUAAGGAGGACGAAGCAGGCAGAUUCGGACCAAUGUCAGAAGUCAUCGUGCUGCGUGGAAUGGUGGAUAACAUGGAUUUAGAUGAGGAGGUGGAAGGUUCAGGGGAUGGGGGUCUGAUGCAGGAAAUUGGAGAUGAGUGUGGUGAAAAGUAUGGACGAGUUGAACGAGUCUAUAUCGACAGGCAAAGUGCCCCGGCAAAAGUCUUCGUCAAAUUCACUAAUCAGUUAUCGGCUCUGAGGGCUGUUAAUGCUCUUGAGGGGCGAAUAUUUAACGGGAAUACUAUAUCAGCUUUGUUUUAUGAUACGGAAACUUUUGAGAAGGGUAUCUAUGAGUAGAUAAUUAAUUUUUGUCCAUAAAUCGAUGGCGUUCGCAGUACUGUUUCGUCUUACUCGACAUUUCUUUCUGAUUGUCGCGCAAAUGUAUCCAUGGGUAGUCCCGUUGCAUAGCAUCUCGGCCUCGAUCUUAUCAUGUGUCCCUCAUCUUGCAUAUUCAUCAAUCUGAACAACAUGGUCGCCCGGAUAAGUGUCCUUGGCGAUCAUCCUUCAGCUGGUAAUGUCACGGAUGAUGUAACGUGGCUUCGGGAUAACAAAUUUUCAUGAAAAGACCAAUACCAACAAUACAUUCAUCAAUCUGCAGCUGGACCCCGACAUGAGUAUUACUACCCGAUCGGGAUUGUAUUUUCCUAGACUUGUUUUUAAGUUUGUUAUGUCAUGGAUGGAUUCUUGAUGCUGUUUUGGCAUUUCGGUUAAGUUAGAUAAAAUGUAGUACCCCUUUCAAUUUAGAUUACCAAGACGUAUGAGAUCAAGAACAUUAAGAAUAGAAAAUCAAUAGUUUGUUGUACA